CGGGAACUAAGAGGUCAAAAGGUGAGCCUUUGUUCUAAGAUGGCUCAGUCGAGAGGCGAUCGUUGCUGCGAUCGGUUAAACGUCUUUUAGGAUGAUUUCAAGUUUAUCGAGAAUAGUUCUUAUUGCGAAUCUGUGGAUUCUGGUGGCAGGUGGUCAACCAAACAACUGGAGCGGUUACUAUGUAGACAAUGGCACCCACUAUCUGCUUUAUGAGGGGCCACGUGUGAAGCCCCAGACUUUUUUACCCGGAAAUAUAUCCACUAACACGAAGCGACUUCCCAAAUGUUACCUGGCCAGCGGAUGGGGUCUGACCUCAGCCAACGCCCAGAAUGUCCAACGAUAUCUGCGAGGCGUGAUAGUGUGCAAGGUGAGGCGAGCCAAGUGCCAGCAGGAUUAUCGGGGCACCGGGAUCAAGAUCUACAAGCAAAUGAUCUGCGCCAAGCGAAAGAACCGAGACACUUGCUCCGGAGACUCCGGAGGUCCACUGGUCCAUAAUGGCGUGCUCUACGGAGUGACGUCGUUCGGAAUCGGUUGUGCCAGUGCCAAAUAUCCGGGAGUAUAUGUCAAUGUGUUGCAAUAUACUCGCUGGAUUAAGAAGGUCGCAAAGAAUUAUUAAUUUCUGAUUU